AUAAGAAUAGACGUGUACACUAAGACCAUGAGGCAUCAGCAUCAGUCUACGAAGAGGAAGGAUAUAUGAGUGGAGAACAUACUGUGCCAAAGCAAAAGAAAACCGAAAGGGGGGAAAGGAAGCCAAAUCCACAAAACCCAGAAACGAUUUGGUGGUUUUCUUUCACUCACUGGAAUUCUAUACAGACAUCUAUCUUUGAACAGGAAGCUAUGCCCCAGUCUUUGGUGGUUUUUGGUGAAUAACAAUAUAACUGCAGGGAAUGGGAGGUUGCUGCUGUUCUUCCAGAAAAGCUCAUCUCCAUGGAGCACCUGUGUAUUUCUAUUGUUCACCAGCUUUGGAAGAGGAAGAGUCCUUAAGAUCCCAUGAUGUUGCAGUCUCUGCAAUAACUGCAGGAAUCCUAGUUAAUCUGGAUCUGGAAACAUCAAUACCAGACACUUACAGAUCCCCUCCUAUACCCCUGCCAUAUGAUAUGGUCUUUGGAUGUCCACAAUCAACAGAUUCUGAUUCUGUCAGAGAAACAAAUAGUUGUAGUAGUUUUGAAACUUCACCUACAUGUGGAGAUCUUGAGGAAUCAGACUGCAAAGUUCAAGAAAGUUCUUUGCCGAUCUCACCAAAGAAGUUAGAACUUUCAAAAUCCAAUAAAGUAAAUGUUUUAGCAGAAGAAGAUGAGGAUGUUUGUCCAAUUUGUCUUGAAGAGUAUGAAACAGAGAAUCCAGAUUUCACCACAAAAUGCGAACACCACUAUCACCUCUCAUGCAUUCUUGAGUGGAUGGAAAGAAGUGAUGCCUGUCCUAUAUGUGAUCAGGAAGUUGUUUCACCAGAAAAACAGAAGCAAAAAAAAAACCAAAAAAGAAAAAAGGAACUGAUAUUGGACCAUACCUAUAGUUUGUAGCUCCUUACUGCUCCUGCGCUUGAGGUCAAAGAUGCAAGCUCAGUUGACCGUAGGUGCAUGGUAGUGUAAAUGGUGGCGUGCAGAUUCAUUAUUACUUGGUCAUGCUCACAUUGAAGGUUGAACUGAAUCUCUAAAGUUAGCUGUUGUAAUGGAUUAGUUCUUGGUAAAGUGUCUUCCUUUCAUUAGACAUUGACUCGUAGUUCUCAGACAGGGCUGUGCAUUGUGAGUGGAGCAAUCAAGAAGUUAAGACCAAGGCCAUGGAAAGCAGAGAACCUAUUGAGUUAAUGCCAGUGCUGCCUUCAAUGUUGGUUUGCUACAUCUCUUCUGUACAUAUCUAGUUUGUUGUAACAUUCUGCUUUUGCUAUCUGUUGUUAUACGCCGCAUAAAUUGAUUUGUGCUCUGCUGCAGUUGGUUUGUACAUAACAUCUUUCUGGGUUGAUUUGAUUAGGCAAUGCUAGUAACUCUUGUAUGGCUUGUUAAUUACAUUUCAUUGAUAGUGAUAAAUCCAUUGAUUUUCAUGUGAAAUUACAUGAAAAAAGAAAGUUGGAUUAUGUUACACA